AUGCUCUCUAUAUAUUACUCGAGCAUUUCGUUUCUUGUCACUGGAUUGAUUGGAAAUGUGCUGGUAAAACGAAUUGUGCACAAAAAUGGAGAAAUGCAUACGCCGACAAAUUAUCUGUUAGUCAGCAUAACCACAAGCGACAAUUUUACCAUUUUGCUGUGGUUUCUGGACCUCUCCGGUGAAUUGGAAGAAAUUGUCUGCGAGUUGAUUUGAGGUUAUUGAGGUUUCCAUAAUGGUGUCCUCUAGUUCUCUUACUCUACUAGCAGUGGAAAGGUUUUCCGCGAUACUGAAGCCUUUCAGAACAGAGCUGUGGCUGAAUGGAGAGAACAUCAAAGAGAGAAUCGCUGUUAUCUGGAUCAGCAGCAUUCUAAUAUGUCUUCCCGAAAUUUUCUUCAAAAAAUGGAGCGAACCGUCUGCAACAUGUAUCAGUCCUUCGACUUUACAUAUGAACCAGGCGAGCAAAGUUAGCUAA